ACAGCGUGCGCUAGUCAGAGUCCAUUGUGAGCUGUGAGGCUACUCAAAAGGAUUCCACCCGAGCCUGAGAGGGCAUUCACUUCAGAAUUCCAAUGGAUGCGUUCCUCAAUUUGUGGAAGAAAAGUAGCGAACAUGACUUCAAAUAUUCGUUGGCCACCUCGCUGCUGCAGAAGCUUUGCCGCGAUGAGAGGAAGAAUUUCGUCAUCUCGCCACUCAGUCUGGGAACCUGCCUGGGAAUGGUCCUUCUUGGGAUGAAAGGGAAAACAAGAAAGGAACUCUUGGACUUCAUGAAAGCAUCCGAUGAAAAUUCGCUUCAUUCUGCGUUCGAAACUCUCUUGUCUGACGAUAAAUCGCCAUUUAAAAUCGCGAACAAAGUUCUCGCCGACAAAAGUUGUGUCAUCCGAGAAGAGUCAGAAGCGUCGCUAAAGACCAAAUAUAAAGCUGAAAUCGAUUCAGUGGAUUUCACCAGGUCAGCGAAGGAAAUAGAGGACCAGAUCAACACGUGGGUGGCGAAUAAAACCAAUAAGAGGAUACCGAAAUUGAUCUCAGAGAACAGCCUCAAGCCAGAUCACAUCUUGGUACUCCUGAAUGCGAUUUAUUUCAAAGCAACCUGGCUCCACGAGUUCAGUCCGCUGAGGGAAAAAGAGAACUUCAAGCUACGCAGCGGUGACGUGAUCAAGGCGAACUUCAUGAUGAAGAGUUCGAGUUCCUUCGGAUAUGGAGAGAGCGAUUCACUCAGGCUCGCGAAGAUUCCAUACGAGGAGCAGAACGUCUACAUGGUUGCUGCCAUUCCCAAGGAUGAGGAGAAACAUAUCGACGACGUUAUAGCCGGGAUGUCCAUAUCCGAGUUGGCCUCGACCAUCGAAAGCGUAGAACAGCAGCCGGGAACCAUAGUGGCCCUGACAAUGCCGAAGUUCAAGAUAGCGUACGACUUCGAAGACCUUCCGAAGAACUUGAAGGGAUUAGGUGUGAACAAAAUGUUCAUCCGUGGUGAGUGUGAUCUGGGGAAUCUUUUUUCCAAGGUGAAAGAUGAGCCAUUCGUCAGCGAAAUCAUUCACAAAGCGGUGAUUGAAGUGAACGAGAAAACCACCGAAGCUACCGCUGCCACGCUCAUCGGCUGCAGGGUAGGGUGCGCACCGAAUCGAGGUCCGCCCCCGCGUCGGAUCGCUCUCCGCUUAGACAGACCGUUUUGCUUUUGGAUUCUGUCAGGAGACAACGUUGUGCCUUUCGUCGGCAUCUGCGCAGACCCGACGAGCUAAGGAUUGUACCGUUCGAGAGUCGACGACUCAAUGUACCACUGUUUGCUUCGUUUGCUGUGGUAUGCUCCAAAUCCUCCUCGAGGUAUUCAAUAUCGACGUGUCAUAAAUCGAGUA